UCCAGUUCACAGGAUGAAGUCUGUCUGAGCGCAGCGGGAUUCAGCAGGUCCUCACAGAAAAACAGAAGAUGUCUUUAGCAGCCAGCAGACGGAACAGCUGCAGAGCGGUGCUGUGUGGGAGCCGGGCACCGUCCGAGGUCCACCCGGGCCGGCGGCGGGCCGGCAGCUGUCCGUACUUCUCUCCCGCAGCGCAGAGCGAAGAGUUCUCUGUGAGUCUGAACCAGCCCAUGUUCGCCAUCGCGCUCCGGUUCCUGCUGGCCGUGGACCUGUGGCUGUCCAAGCGGCUCGGAGUGUGCGCGUGCGAGGAGUCAGCAUGGGGCAGCAUUCGGCCUCUGGUUCGGCUGGUGGAGUUCUCCGGACAUGUGGUCCCGUGGCUCAUCGGGACCGUGUACUCUCUGCUCCGGGGGGACAGCACGGCUGAGCAGGAGGUCCUGCUGAAUCUGACCCUAGCUCUGACUUUGGACCUGCUGCUGGUCAGGACUGUGAAGACUCUGGUCAGACGUCGAACGCCGACUCAGAACCGCUCUGACAUCUUCUCAGCCUUCUUCUCGGAGCGCUACUCCUUCCCCUCGGGCCACGCAUCCAGGGCGGCGUUGUGCGCCCGCUUCUUCCUCGUCCAGAUGGCGGACAUGACCUCCAUGCGGGUUCUGGUGGUGGGCUGGGCCAUCCUGGUGAGCCUGUCCCGCCUGCUGCUGGCCCGACACUACGUGACGGAUGUGGGCUUUGGUUUGGUCCUGGGGUACUGCCAGUACAGCCUGGUGGAACGGUUCUGGGUGUCCUGGGACUGCCUGCGGGACCUGGUGCUCCUGCGGCUGAGAGAGGGCCUGGAUCAGGCUUACACUGGACUCUGGACCAUAGACUGGAAGCAUUAGGUCAGGGGGACACGUGUAGAGAGCACAUUGUAACAGUUUAAAGCUCAAAAGUUAGAAGAACUGUGCCUCCUGAACACAAACACAACACAUCAGAAACAUGUUUGAUUGACAGGAAACCUCCUCACUGUUUUCUCUUUUAUUACCCACCACCAUGAAACACAGGUUAUUGUGUCAUUAUGUUUGUGUGGCGUAUGUUGAUCUGUCUGUUAGCAAAAUCUUUCAUGAAACUCUGGAUAUACGUCUACAUCUGAUUAACUUUUGGAGUCAACUCAAUCCAAGCCAACACAUUCUCACUCCUGACUCCUCAACAUACUGACACUUGGUCAGGUACCGUCUGCGUCCAGUUUUGGAAGCGUCAGGUACCCCCUUGUACCAGUCAUUGAUGCCCGCAGCUUUUCUGGGUUAUACCACAUAGGGGUCUUUGGGUUGGGGGUCUGUGGUUAACAUGAGGGAUCAGGAUUACUGGUUAAUUUUAGGUACUGAGGUCAGGGAUAGGAUGUAUAUGGCUAAUAGAAGUUCAAUUUAGGGUCUACAAUGGUUAGUUGAUGUGUAUUUCCUACAUAAUUCAAAAAUAUGACAACACUCUCCUCCUCCGUUUCAUCUCGUUAAUAACUGAUGCGAGGGGGGUACCCGGUGCAUCCAAAACUGGACAUAGACAGUACCUGACCAAGCGUCAAUAUGUGACGAGUUGGGAGUGAGAAUGGGUUGACCACAGCUGACUGAUCUAAGCCAACACAAACAUGGUUAUAACUCAAUCAGUUUGACAGAUAUUGAGCUAAGGUGUGGUGUGGUAGUAGCUGAGAGUCAGCCCCAGCACAUACUCCAAGCACUGAAAAAUAUUGCAACACAUUAAAAAGUUUGUCCCUGUUGGUCUGUUAACCUAUGAUUGUCUGAACCAUGGAUGGAUCAAACAUUUAAAACAUGAUUAUCGGAUACUUCUGCAA